AAAGAUCAUCUGUGUUGCAAGUGGGUUUAUUAAGAAGAAAAAUAAUCAUCCUGACAAAUGCAUUUUAAUAGUAAUGAUGUAUUUCGUUUUAUUAUUAUUAUUAUUGUUAUUUUAAUUGCGUGGUUACUAUGAAGCCUCUAUUCUCCCGAAUGAGCCGCGGCACUGCCGCAGUGACCCCACCAGGAUCAUUGCGCUGGACCUGCUGGUUAAAAUAGUCCGUGUGAUUUUCCGUUUUUCGGGGCUUGUUUUUCAUGGUAGCGAUGAAAAAUCCACACAUCAGCUCGUGCCACCAACCUUUACCCGGUGAACGACGCAAAGCGCCAGAUUGUCUUGUAGCUUUGCGUUUCCCAGUGUCGGUCGCGCGGAAGGAUCUAUUUGCUGUUUGUAAAUAUUGGCCGAGGCGGACGGUGCGGAGCGGCACAGUGGCGCGUUUCUUUGGACGCGCGAGCGACUUGAACGUUGUUUCUCGUUAAAUGGCUGAAUUCUCCGUGGCUUCGACCCGUCUUUCCGUCUCUUUUCGUCAGUGAGCAGGGCCGCGGUGUCCGCUCUCCUUCGGAUCUGUCGGUCGAGGGUUGGUGGAGUUUGUCGGCGUUUUGUGGGACUCUGCGGCACCAUGCUGCUCUCCAAACUGGGCUCGUUGUCGCACAUCUCGCCCAGCGUGGACCUGCCGGCGAAGCUCCAACUGCAGCAAGCCAAACAGGAGAAGCAGCCAUUUGAGAAGCUGUACCGGCUCGGUUCAGUGCUCGGCAGCGGAGGGUUCGGCACCGUCUACUCUGCUGUCCGCGUGGCCGACGGGCUGCCGGUGGCUGUGAAGCAUGUGUGCAGGGACAGAGUCACUGAGUGGGCGUCGCUGUGUGGCACAGUGGUUCCUCUGGAGAUUGUGCUGUUAAAGAAGGUGGGGGGAGCGUUUAGCGGUGUGGUUCGGCUGUUGGACUGGUGGGAGCGAGGGGACGGGUGGUUGAUCGUGCUGGAGCGUCCAGAGUCGGUGCAGGACUUGUUUGACUACAUCACAGAACACGGUGCCUUGGAGGAAGCGGCAGCACGUGGCUUCUUUCUGCAGGUGCUGGAGGCCGUGCGUCAUUGUUACAGCUGUGGAGUAGUCCAUCGAGACAUUAAGGACGAGAACCUGCUAGUGGACCUCAGGACUGGAGAGAUUAAACUCAUAGACUUUGGGUCAGGGGCCUUCCUCAAAGACACAGCAUACACAGAGUUUGAUGGUACACGGGUUUACAGUCCUCCAGAGUGGAUUCGGUUCCGUCGGUACCAUGGACGCUCAGCCACAGUGUGGUCGCUUGGCGUGCUGCUGUAUGACAUGGUGUGUGGGGACAUCCCAUUUGAGCAAGACGAGGAGAUACUGAGAGGACAGAUUUACUUCAGACGGAAAAUCUCUACAGAGUGCCAGCAGCUGAUUGGCUGGUGUCUGAGCCAGCAGCCAUCAGACCGGCCAACCCUGGAGCAGAUUCUCAUCCACCCGUGGGUGAUAACCUCCAAUGGACAGCAGGCGGACAGUGGUAGCCUCAUGCUCCACUCUGUUACAGCUGAUUCAUCAUCUUGCUCCUCUACCCCUAAUGAGGAAAGCCUCUGAAAAAUACAUCUGCCAGGAUUUUUGGGUUGGACUUGACUGAAUGUUCUCCCAGUUCUCUGGGCUCAUUUGGAAUUCCUUUUUUUUUUUUGGAUUUUUUUUUUAAACUCUUGAUGGAGCGGGUCCCCGUCAUAGUUCAUGAGAAAACCUUAGAAAACCAAAAAACUUGUUUGUUUUACAUUCUGUUCAGUUCCAAAGUGCCUUGAGCUCAAAGCUGCUGUGAGCAAAGUGCUACAGUGGGAGUCAGCGUCCCCUGCAGUAAUGAGUUGAUGUGUUUUGUUUAUUUAAGGAAACAGUUCCAACCCAAAGAGAUCUCAUGAAAAGGUAAAUAAAAAUAUAGUUCUAUCUCAACUAGGUUUAAUGCUGGUGAAUUCAACCCUUUAGUUUCUUUUACAAUGAAUGUCUUCAUUUAUGUUGGCAAUUUAAUCCCCACUAUGGUUUUAGGCCACUUGUAUGCAAAUACAGCAACACCAGACCAUCUAAGGUUUGGAACAGUUUUAUAUCAAAAUGACAAGUUGUAAAAAUGUCAGAAAUUUCUCUGAAUCUUAGGAACACCCGAAGCAACUAAACCAGAGGUGUCCAACAUACAUAGUAAGGGUGAAGGAUUCAAACAGCAGCUGUUUUUUUGUUGCAUCACAAUUUCAAACUCUGCUGGCAUCUGCCAUGAGUAGGUUUCUAAAGCUUGGAGUUUGAGUAUUGCCAUUACUGUCUUAUGCACAAUAAAUAUAAAGCCGCUUCAAUCAGUGUUUGCUUACAUUCAAUCAAAAGACUGGAAACUCGUAUAACACUUGGUCAUCUGCUUUUCUAUGUCCCUAAGGGUUUAUUUUAUUUUUUUCACCUGCAGUUUGUCAGUAAAAAACAAAGUGAACUUUGCAAACAAAGUCAUCUGGUGAAAUUCAACUAUCUCAAAAAGGGUAUAAAGCACUGAGCAGUCAGACUAAUGUUUCCUUCAAUAUUUAUGCUGAACAACUUCACAUGUACUGUAGUAGCAUUUGUGGAACAGCUUGUUUCUUUAAACCUCACUCUUUUUCUAACGUCUAAUAAGUUUCACCUAUUAAUGUGGUGUUGUACUUACGCAUGGAACAUGUUAUUAGACCUGAGUCUUUGUCCAUGGUACAUCAAAACUUUUUCUUUCAUGCUUUAACUUUUAAACUGGUUAAAAUUAAAUUCAGAUUUUAAAUCAGAAUUGGUCAAUAACAAACAGAUUUUGCUUACCGCACCAAUGUGUCUCUUCUCAGGUGUCAGAUGAACAUGAUUUCUCAAAACCUUCUCGCGAGUCUCUGGUGUAAAAUGCACAGUCAAUGCAAAUAUUUAGUUGUGUAUUUUGAACGUGUAUAUAUUUUUGUAGAUUUUAAAAUUGUAUUUACUAAGAGACCUCAUCCUGUGUUUGUCUAACCUUAAAUGGUUUAACGGGUUCAGUUUAUUUUUUUUGGUUUGAAUUUUAACAAUUUCUGACUUUUGUUUCAUGUAAUAGUUUGGCAUUUUGAAAUGAAAGGAAAUGUUUUUUCACAGUUUUCAUAUUAAAUGUUUUGUACAUAAAAUUA